AUGCGCCUCCUUCCCACAUCACCACAGCUGUUGGAUUCUACGCCACAGUCAGAGGGGGCGAAAGAGGUGGCCCACAGCGUCUGCUCUCUCAGAGAUCCGGCUGAGUGUUUCGGCUCCGUGGGCUUGAAGAUGAAGAAGCAGAAUGUGCGGACCCUCUCUCUCAUCCUCUGCAUGUUUUCCUACCUGCUGGUGGGCGCCGCGGUGUUCGACGCGCUUGAAUCAGAGACGGAGAGCUCUCGCCGACGCAUCCUGGAGCUGAAGCGCACGGAGAUGAAGAAGAAGUACCGGUUCUCUGAGGACGACUACCGGGAGAUCGAGCGGGUGGUGCUGCAAGCGGAGCCCCACCACGCCGGGAGACAGUGGAAAUUCGCCGGGUCUUUCUACUUUGCCAUCACGGUCAUCACCACCAUUGGCAAGUUUUGCUUGCUUCCCUUACUUUUGUUAUGUCUGAGUAUGUUGCAGGUGUCAGGAAAUGGUUUUAUAAUACUGCGUCUGCAGUGUUCUGCAUCGGUGAAUAGCCUACUGUGCAGAAGUUAAGGGUGUUCAAUUUGCAUUAGUUAUUAGCCUUAGCCAUUGGCUUCAAAAGCCUCGGUAUUGGUCUACAAUAACCUAAAGUAAAGAGUAACUGUGGCAUCUAUCUCCACAGGUUAUGGCCAUGCAGCUCCAGGCACAGAUGCAGGGAAGGUAUUUUGCAUGUUCUAUGCCAUUCUGGGCAUCCCUCUCACCCUGGUCAUGUUCCAGAGCCUGGGCGAGAGGAUGAACACGUUCGUCCGCUACCUCCUGUGCAGGGCCAAGCAGUGCCUGGGGUUACGGAGGACUGAGGUGUCCAUGGAGAACAUGGUCUCAGUGGGCUUCCUGUCCUGCAUCGGCACCCUGUGUGUCGGGGCAGCAGCCUUCUCCCACUACGAGGGCUGGACCUUCUUCCACGCCUACUACUACUGCUUUAUCACGCUCACCACCAUUGGGUUUGGGGACUUUGUGGCCCUGCAGAAGAAGGAGGACCUCCAGGAGAAGACGCCGUAUGUGGCCUUCAGCUUCAUGUACAUCCUGGUGGGGCUGACAGUGAUUGGAGCCUUCCUCAACCUGGUUGUGCUGCGCUUCCUCACCAUGAACACAGAGGACGAGAGGAGGGACGCCCAGGAGAGGGCCUCCAUCAAGAGGGAGAGGGGCCUGCUUACCAUGGGGCUCCAUGGAGGAGAAGGAGGAGGAGGACCAGAGCAGGGCAGAGGAGGGCUUGGGGACAGGGACAGGGACAGGGGGAGGGACAGGAUGGGGCAGAGCCGCAGUCACAGCAACCUUUUCCGGCCCAUGGAGGAGGGCACCAGCCGCACCAACCUCAUCACCUCCCCAGCGGAGGAGCAGGAGGAGAGGGACAGGGCCAGGGGUGCCCCCUGCAAGCAGAGGCUGCACUUACAACUGCACGGCACAGGCAGACUAAGGACAGAGUCCCCCCUGGGCUCCCUGUGCUCCUGUAUGUGCUACCGUCUGGGGGUGUGUGACAGCCCCCUGCCUUCCCGCAGCGAGCACCACGGGUGCCACAUUAACUCUGUCUACUACAGCUCCAUCUCCUACAGGACCCAGGGCUGCUCCCCCAGGGACAACACAGGACUCUCGUCUCCAGGGAGCACACUCUCGCCUCGGCACAGCUUCAAGGAGUACCCCCGCUCCCGGAGGAAGUCAGUGUAG